AUGUUGCAGCUUUCUGGCAGAUCAGGUGACAGCCUGCUGCACACAUUACCUCACUGGAGUAAGCGUCCGGGAUGGCUCCUCUCCCUCACCCUCUGCGUGGCUCUCCUCUGGCUUCCAGGGGCAGCGGCAUUUACCCUUAAUUGCCAUAAGACAUGCAUCUGCGCUUCAAACAUAGUGAGCUGCUCCAAGAUGAAUCUGACCACCAUCCCGACAGGUCUGCCGCUCUACACUGCUGUGCUGGAUCUCAGCUACAAUGAGAUAGAGCGUCUGCGAUCCGAGUGGACCCCGGUCAAGCUCCUGAAGCUGCAUAACCUCCUCCUCAGCCAUAAUGGUCUCCACUUCCUGUCAUCAGAGGCGUUCCAACACGUGAAGCACCUGCGUUACUUGGACCUGUCCUCCAACAAAUUGCAACUGCUGGAUGAGUUCAUCUUCGAGCCUUUGGUCAACCUGGAGGUCCUCUUGCUGUACAAUAACCAAGUUUCCCAGAUUGACCGCUCUGCCUUUCUCGGCACGAUCAACCUUCAGAAGCUCUACCUAAGCCAGAACCAAAUCUCCCGCUUCCCUGUGGAGCUGGUCAAGGAAAAGUCCCGCCUGGAGAAACUUAGUCUCCUGGAUGUGUCCUCCAACAAGAUCAAGAUGUUACCCAUCGAUGAGCUCCAGGUGCUGCCUGCAUGGAUCAAAAACGGCCUCUACUUCCACAAUAACCCUUUGCUGUGUCACUGUGAUCUUUACACACUCCUUGCCCAUUGGUACAUUCGAAAGCUCAACUCUGCCUUGGACUUCAAAGACGACUACACCUGUAUUCUGCCUGGCCCGCAAAAAACCCAAGUGGGCGUUUUUGAUCUCAGCGGCGAAAAUAUGAACUGCAGCACAUUCAAGGAAGCCGAUGAAGAGGCUUUUUUGGAGCAGAGGCUGAUCCUCGGCUGUGACACCAAACACAGGGGGAUGUUAAAGACCUGGAUGAUGCCUGGGAAUGUGGUGGUGACAGCUGGAAUCAACCAGACAGCCAAAGUCUUGCCAGAUGGAAGUCUUCAAAUUAGUCCGGUGAGGACUGAGGACUCUGGGACCUACACUUGCUUUGCCAUGAGCCAGGCCUACAAUGAGACGAUCUAUGUGGUGCUGAAGGUUCACAACUUCACCAUGAACGGGGGCAGCGAGACCCUGAACACAGCCUACACCACCUUGGUUGGCUGUCUGGCAAGUGUGGUGCUUGUGCUCAUGUAUCUUUACUUGACGCCAUGUCGCUGCUGCUGCUGCCCCAAUAAGAAGGCUCGGGGCGAUGACAGCAUCCACUCGUCAAUGCUCAGCGUGACCCCGACUCACGAGGACCCAUCGCUCAAGGCGGAGCUGAACAGGCACGUGGCCUUCAUAGACUCCAAGGACUUGCAGGGCCAGAACGGAAAGCUGAACCCCAAUGGGGAUGAGGAUGAUGAUGAUGAUCUGGAUGCAGAGGCUGGUUCUCUUAUGAAGGGGAAGAGGAAGAAGUCUGUGGCAGAGUCCAUCAGCUCCGUCUUCUCAGACACUCCCAUGGUGGUCUGA